GAUUAUUUCUUAUCGAUUCUGAAUUUUCAGCAAAUAGCAACUGGAAAGUGGAAUAUAAAGUAGUUGUGUUCAUUGAAAUAAAUCGUAUUUGAUAGUGUAUUUACGAAUUUCAUAAUCAUGACUGUAAUAACAAAAAGUAAUUUAUCUGCUAAGAAGCUUGAUAUUGUCCGAGUGCCGCUUGGUGACGAACAAAAUUAUGAUGAAGAUAAAGUGGAGGUGCAAGAAUUUAUUGGGGCUAGGCAAGCUUCAAAAGCCUUCGUUUGUCUGUCGUUUGGCUUCAUGAUGUUAAUUCUGUCUUUGACCACGGGUCUUUUGUUAUAUCGCCAAUACAGGCCUCUGAACAGAGUCCACCGAUUCACCGGGUACUGUACUGUUGCUUAUCCAGUAAGCUUCAAAGAGGAACCCAUGGUGGGGAGCUUCCGAGUGGUGCCAAUUCACUCCGAAAAUAAUUUCCAAAUUGUAAGCACUCUCAAUGAUAACCAGCAAAAUGAUGAUCUGGAAAACUCUCUACACGAGGAGUUGGACAUUGAAGACUCCGUGGAGAAAAUUGAAGUUUAUGAUAAUGGACACAGUGUUAACUUCAUCCAUGAUUUCAAUGCCAAUCAAACUGGUAUAGUAGAUGCUGACCGUUGCUUUGUUAUGGAUUUGGAGCCGGAUGUAGUGUUGGGACCCUCCGUGUUUGCCGCUGGACUGACUCGGGGCGAUGAGUUCGACGUGUCUCGUGUCCGCAGCUCUCUCCGUGCGGUGCUCCCUGUAAUCCAGAGUCUGUUCUCUGCUAGCGUCACUGCUGCUUGUGAAACCCGUCCAAUAUACAGACUUGUUCGUGAAGAGGAAACUCUGAUCCGUAAGCGUUCAGCUGAAGACCCUCCUCAUGACUUCAUCCACUUCUCCGGCAAGCACGUCCAGGAGAUUAAAAUCCAGAACCUGGAGGAAAUUCUCAACUAUGAAAAUCAGAACAAAACUGUCUAAGCCCUAAACGGGAGAAGACAUUAGGUUAGGUAUAAAUGUUUGAAUCUAUAAUAAUAAGUAAAUACUCAAACAUUGUAUUCCAUAUGAGUAUAUCAUAAUGGAACUUUGUGUUAGAUAUCAUUGAUCUCUCAAUUCCCUUCAAUAUUUCAGUUAUAAUCAUUCUCUUAUCUGUAUAACUCAAUUUCAUUCCUUAAUUGGUUAAUUACUCCAAAAAUCAUAUUAUUGUUAUUUACUUGAGUUUCGUUAAAAACUUUGUGAAAUGGCUAUCUGGAUCUUUGGUAUGUAAUUUAAUUAAAUUUAAUUACAGUUACUGUUUAGGUGAGACAGUACUAGUACUACUACUAGUCUACUACUAGUCUGAGUUAAAUAAAAAAAAUAUUUUAGGAAAAAAUAUGAAUCCAUGUUUCUAUCACAUUAAUGAUGUUUAUGAAAAGCACAAAAA